GCCUUUUCACCGCUAAGAAAUGACUGCCAAGAAAACGUCGAGCGAGCAGUCGUCGCUCCUCAAGGCCGAGGUCGAGAUGUAUGGCACGACCGACAAGAAGACGGACGAUGCGCCGGCCGUCCCGAUGCCGGAUGCAAUGAUCCCCGUUAGCCAAGAGAUCCGCGAGCUCACGAGCAUGGCUGUGCAGCUCUCGAUGCGGCAGAUGGUGCGCCAAGCCAUGACACUCACGGACGCAGCCUUCCAGGGGCACAUUGGCACCAAGCAGCUCGCCGGUGUUGCGCUUGCCGGCAUGUGGAUGGGGGUGCCCUCGGCCUUUAUCCAGUACUCGAUCCAGGCGAUCCCGACGCUGUGCGGCCAAGCGUACGGCGCGGGCAACAAGGUGCUCGUGGGCAUCUGGCUCCAAACGGCCGUCGUCUUUGCAAUCGUGACGUGCAUCCCGGUCAUGGUCUACUACAUGUUUGUCGGGCGCAUGAUUGCCUUGACGAUGGACGACGCCGAGACCGUCUACUACGGCAGUGAGUUUGCCAAGGUCAUGGCGCUCGGUUUGAUCCCGCAGUUCAUCUACAAUGCAUGUGCGUCCUACUUUGCCGCGCAAGGCAUCAUCAUGCCGGCGACCUUGUGCAGCGGCACGACGAUGCUCCUCAACAUCUUCUUCAACCAGCUCUUCAUCUACGGUGGCUUUGGCUACGAUGGCCUCGGCUUCAUCGGCUCACCGAUCGCGACCGUCACGAGCACGUACCUCCAGCUCAUCCUCUUUCUUCUCUACACGGUCGUGUGGAAGAAGUACCAUGUCGACUACUGGGGCGGCUGGUCCACCGAGUGUCUCAAGCGCGAGCGCGUCCAAAUCUUCCUCUCGCUCGCCGUGCCCAUGGGCAUGUCGUCGGUCGUCGAUUGGAGCUCGGCCGCCGUCGCGUCGGCCUUCUCGGGCUUCCUCGGGCCGCAGAUUGCGGCCGCCAUGUCGGUACUCAACGGGAUUUACGGUGUCGCCAACUCAUGCGUCUCGGGCUUCUCGAUCUCGACGCAGAUCCGUAUGAGCCGGUACCUCGGCCAAGGCCACGCGGUCGCCGCGAAGCGGGUCUUGCUGCUCGGCGCCCGCAUCGUCAUGUGCUCGGCGCUCGUGCUCAUGACGUCCGUCUACUUUCUCCGCAACUUCCUUUUCCGCGUCUGGAGCAACGACCCGGAGAUCAACGAGCUCUGCGCGUCGUCGCUCGUGUUCUUCAUCCUCUGCGUCAUGGUCGCCUUUGGCCGCUUCCUCCUCACGGCGUCGAUGAACGCACUCUCGAUGGCCGACGUCAACCUCAUGGCCAACAACGUUGCGUCCUGGUGCAUCUACGUGCCGCUGAGCUACCUCUUGCCCAUCACGCUGGCCAUGGGCAUCGAUGGCUUCUGGAUUGCCGAUACGUUCGGCGAGAUGUUCAAGUUCGUGGUCCUCGCCUGGGGCCUCCUCCGCGUCGACUGGCAAGCGCGCGCCGAGCAGGCCAUGGCCGCGGCCGAGAAGCCCGACAUGAUGCGCCCGGACGAGGAAGAGGCGCGGGAGCUUGUCGCCUAUGGCAACGAAGCACUCACACCCGGCAGUGCCCGGUCGCCAUCCGUGGCCUUUACGACGCGCACGCCGCACACGCCCACGCUCAUGCAGCGCGCCAUGUCGCUCACACCCAAGCGCACCAAGCACAUCUAG